ACCUUCCCUGAUGCAGCGUGAGAUGGUGGACCUUCCCUGAUGCAGCGUGAGAUGGUGGACCUUCCCUGAUGCAGCGUGAGAUGGUGGACCUUUACUGAUGGUGGGCCUGUCCUGAGGCAGCGCUAGGUGGUGGGCAUGUCCUGAGGCAGUGCGUGAUGGUGUGCCAGGAUGGAGAAAGACCCUUUGUGUAAGGUAAGGUUAUACUUGUUACAGGAGCUGUUGGACAUUCCCUGCUGCACUGUGAUGGAAGGAAGAGACCCUGGUGAGACAUAAAGACCCUGACCUGAUUGACUGGAUGGACGGAAGACCCUGCCGUGACUAGAUCAAGACCCUUCUGUGACUGGAUGACAGAAGACCUUUGUGUGACUGGAUGGACAGAAGACACUGCUGUGACUGGAUGGAUGGAAGACCCUGCUGAUGGAUGGAAGACCCUGGUGACUGGAUGGAAGACCCUGGUGACUGGAUGGAAAACCCUGGUGACUGGAUGGAAGACCCUGGUGACUGGAUGGAAGACCCUGGUGACUGGAUGGAAGACCCUGGAUGGAAGACCCUGGUGACUGGAUGGAAGACUGGAUGGAUGACCCUGGUGACUGGAUGGAUGACCCUGGUGACUGGAUGGAUGACCCUGGUGACUGGAUGGAUGACCCUGGUGACUGGAUGGAAGACCCUGGUGACUGAAUGGAAGACCCUGGUGACUGGAUGGAAGACCCUGGUGACUGGAUGGAAGACCCUGGUGACUGGAUGGAAGACCCUGGUGACUGGAUGGAAGACCCUGGUGACUGGAUGGAAGACCCUGGUGACUGGAUGGAAGACCCUGGUGACUGGAUGGAAGACCCUGGUGACUGGAUGGAUGGAGACCCUGGUGACUGGAUGGAAGACCCUGGUGACUGGAUGGAAGACCCUGGACUGGAACCCUGGUGACUGGAUGGAAGACUGGAUGACCCUGGUGACUAGAUGGAAGACUGGAUGGAAGGAUGGACCCCUGGUGACUGGAUGGAAGACCCUGGUGACUGGAUGGAAGACCCUGGUGACUGGAUGGAAGACCCUGGUGACUGGAUGGAAGACUGGAUGGAAGCCCCUGGUGACUGGAUGGAAGCCCCUGGUGACUGGAUGGAAGACCCUGGUGACUGGAUGGAAGACCCUGGUGACUGGAUGGAAGACCCUGGUGACUGGAUGGAAGACCCUGGUGACUGGAUGGAAGACCCUGGUGGACUGGAUGGAAGACUGGAUGGAAGACCCCUGGUGACUGGAUGGAAGACCCUGGUGA